AUGGAUGACUGGAAUCAGACUAUCCCGCAGGGGAAAGAGUAUGCAACAACAGAUGGAAUUCUGGAUAGGAUGCAAGGCUCGCCAUCGAUGCUCGCCAAACAGGUUUUCUCGAAGUUGUAUGGUGGUGUCUGGGUCUCGAACAGCAGUGCGGACGAAAGGAAAUUCGAAACCUCGGAGGAACAUAUUGACGAAGUUACCGAGAGAAAUACCCAGAAGUUAUUUGGCAAUGUGGCCUCUGCUAUGACCUCCUACUUGCGGACAAGGAACGAACCUGUCGCACUAGAAGGGAGCAACACUUAUGAGCAAGUCAACAUGGUCGUCAUUCGCUGGGAGUGGCUUUCUUUUCUGGUCAUACAAAUUGCCCUGGCUCUUGUAUUCCAGGUUAUCGUUGUUGCCCAAACGGCACAGUUGGGUGUGGAUGUUGUCAAAAGCUCAAAUAUGGCGGAGCUCUUUGCGCUUCAAGGCUUUGGCGACAAAUACAUGGAUGACGGCCAAUCCAGAGGCAUCAGUACAACUGUCACCGACGAACGGUAUGGGGAGCUUGUUAAAGACACGCAUGGAUGGAAGUUGCAUCUAAGCACAGGUACUAAACUAAGCAACGACUCCAUGAAUAGUCGAGAGCAGUGA